AUGCUUCCAUUGAAUGACGUUGCGACCUCAUCGUGCGCAGAUGGCCCCGACGACGACCCAUCUAUGCUGCAGUCGACGUCGUCAACCAGCUCGCGAUUGCCAUCUCAAAUUGUAUCACCGUCGGAGUCAGCGGGUCGCCCAUGGUAUCAUGGCGAGAUUUCGCAGACGGAGGCCGAAGUGCUACUCGAUGUUGCGCAGCCAGGCCGAUUUCUUGUGCGUAAAGCUGGUCCUACUCGAUACUUUCUAUCCUGUGUAACCGACAACCACUUACUUCUCCAUUUGCCGAUCCACCAACUGGGCCGCUUUUUCUAUUUGAACGCGGGGAAGUUUACCACAUUAGCUGAAGCUGUGCAACAUCACUGUGACAUGGUGGAUACAGCUGAGCCCGUACAAGCUCAGUCAUCAGCUUUGAAUUCUCCAUACAUGCCUACGACUCGCACUGCUCAAAUGCGGCGAUAUUUAGCUCUUUCCAAAUGUGAUGAUGUAGCAGACAAUGAUGAAUUAAGUAUCUCGAGAGGUGAUGUGAUAACGCAGUUACAUGUGCUUGAAGGAACUUUUAUCUUAGCAAGAAACGAAAACACGGGUCAAACGGGUUACUUGUCUGCGAAAGCCGUUGCGCCUAUUCUGUCAGAGUCGCUGUGCGUGCAAGAAUUGCCAUAUUUCCACUCCGUUGUGACUACGGAUGCGUUAAAAAUGCUGACAACAGUUGGUGCUGGUGCAUUUCUCGUGCGAAUAUCAAGUCAAGGAGCAGAUGCUUUCGCGCUUCUGGUGAAUACGCGAAACAAGAUAGAAAAGUUUCUGAUACGUGGCGCUGCGGAAGGCACAGACGGCUUCCUUCUCGCGGGGCGUCACUUCCCAUCCCUACAGCAUAUCAUUGACAGAUACUGUGUCCAUCCCAUCGCAAGUGAUGUGCGUUUAACGCACGCUGUUCUACCGCCACAACCGUCAUCACGUCGUGCGAGUGCGAGUGUCGAAAAUGAUACGGCUCAACAGGUCGCAAUGCCAAAUCCAGAUUGGUCCCCAAAUCUCACCUCAAUAGAAGCAACUGAUGAUUACGUCAAUCAUAACUGCGCCUCUCAUACGGUUGCUGCUGUUCAGGCGUUACGAAAAUCUCGCGAGGAGAAAGCUUGGAAGCCUUGUUGGCUAACGCUGUGUGACGACCCUAACGGUGGAUGUGAACUUGUUAUUGCUGACGCAGAAGCGAGUGCCAAAGCACGCCUUAUACUCGAUUUGGCCUAUUGUGUGAUGUAUCUGCUCGACGACUCGGUAUUCGCUCGUGAAGGUUGCAUAUUUCUCUCACAAACAGAUAUCGAACUAUCAGGGGUGUAUAUUUGUUUCCGGCCAACACACAUCCUCAUUAAAUGGUUGGAGUUAUUAAGACCACGUGUAUUGGGUCUUCGAACAGGAGCAGUUCCAGUAAUGAUCGGUUUACAGUUUGAACCUCCUAAACAGUCAUUUGUUGCUGUUUUACAACUUCACAUAGAUAAAUAUAGGUGCGAAUCCAUAAAAUCUGAUGGGUUCUAUUCGGCAUACGGGAUGCUAUGUGGAGUGAAAGUAUGUUGUACCCCCGUGAUAAUGGCAUCGUUGAGUAAAGGCUCAGUGUCAUCUGUAAUUUUCGACUGCUCCUUCCUCCUACCGCUAGUGCCUCACGAAAAUGGUACUCUACAGUUCUCGAUACUAUCCCACUCAGGAGGCGGUAAAAAGAAUAGACCAUUCGGUGUCUCGGCACUGUUCCCUUUACCUGAUUCACGACCGCUUGCCGAUUCGCCGGAAUCUGGUUUUUCUUUCCGAGCAGUCCGACAUCGUAUUCGUGUGCUCGGUCAGGCUCAAUAUACGCCACUGUUGGAUUAUUUGAGACAAGGAACUGUGGAGCUGUUUGAAUGGGCAUCAGAUGCCUUGUCAAUACAACAACGUUCGUUGAUGUGCUGGUCUAUCGUUUCACUGCUCCUACCAGAUCGUGAUGAGCUGCUGCAGUUCAUAAGUCGGCUUUUACGGCGAGUGUUGGCGUCGUGUUCGGCAGAAAAUGUCAUGCGACAAGACUCUUUAACAACAACAUUGCUGACCCAAACGUUGCGUAUAGCUGGUCGAUCACGCUUGGAAGAUGCGCUUGACUCUGCUGGAAUGUCAAAUAUCAAGCUGUUACAGCCGGCGGAUAUAGAUAAUGUGAUUGAAAUGCUUGAUAGACUUGUUUCUCCAAAUUCACUUGUAAACGAUCUUCUCGUAGCAGUUGCCCGUGUUGCAUAUGAACGAUUUCCAGAUGAGCCGCAUUUGUUAAGAAGAGUUUUGAGCAACGUGUAUGUUCUGCGAUUUGUCAAUCCAUUAUUGAUAUCCUACAUGAGUGGUAACCUGAUGAAUCAGCAGUUGGCAAAGGGUGUACAGGCUGCGGCAAACGUUGCUGCAGCGGCAUCUCCACGACUCGAGGAUGUUACGAUUGGAUCUCAAAGCCUACGUGCUCUUUUUGAACGUCUCAGAGUUGCUGCUACAGAAACAGAGGCAGGGAUUUCUUCAUAUAUUGACGAUAAUCAAAGAAAAGGGUAA